GGAGAGAAAGGGAGUGAAGCCAGGGAGGAGAGCUCAUCUGUGGAUAGACUAGUCAGGACCAUUGGGAAGGGUUCGCGUUGCUUUAACAGGCGCCCUGCUGAAGCUGUUCUUUUUCCUGCAGUCAUGCAGUCCACAGGAAGUACUUCCUCUCAGCCCUCACAGGAUUCGCUGAGCUCCAGAGACAGUUUCCUGUUCAGUGACGACGAUCCGGAUGUCUUCCUGUUUGAAGACAGGGACCCGCCGCGUGGCUCCCACUCAGCUCAGUCCAGUCGCUCUAGAGAAAGUGUUUACAGUGUGGAUGGAGAGCUGGAGCGUCCUGGAUCUCAGUGGGCGUGUGAUGGGUUCAGUGAAUCCCGUGACGCUGAGAGGUCGGAGGACAACGGUCAAGCUAGAUCAUCGUUCCUGUCCCACUCCUCCUCGUCUUCAUCUGGACUGGGUUGGAGCAGCUCUGAGAGCGAGCAAGGGAAAGAUGGAGGAGGAUCUGAAGGAGACCUGCUGUUUGCUCGUAAGUGUACAGAGCUCCAGGGGUUUGUCAGGCCUCUGCUAGAGCUUCUUAAUGGACUGAAGAAAGGACGAUUUGACAAAGGUCUGAGCAGUUUUCAGCAGAGUGUUGCAAUGGACAGAAUUCAGAGGAUUGUGGGAGUCCUGCAGAAACCACAUAUUGGGGAAAAGUACUUGCCUACUUUGCUGCAGAUUGAGGUGAUGUUGAAGCUUUGGUUCCCUCAAGUGAUUCCUCAAGCUUCUGUGAUGCCUAACCCUGCUGACCUUUCAUCUCAAAACAUUUCCAGCCAUGGCAGCAGCAAGAUCACUCCCCCCCACAAGCACAAAGACCAACUACACAUUCCAGUCAAGAAGCGAAGGCUGAGCUGGUCGGACACAGACUCUCCCUCCUCCUCACCUCCCGUGGUGUGUAAGCGGUCCAAAAUCAAAGGCUGUGGGGAGCAACAUCAGUGGCCAUAUGUUGAUGCAGGAGAGGGUUCUUCAGGGGCCCCUCCCCAUUCCUCUCACACAGACCAAUCAGAAAAGAGAGUAGAUGAAACCUCAGAGCACAAGGUCAUCCGGUGGUCAGGUUCAAGCAUGACAUGGGUGCAUGUCACUCCUAUCUUCUCCCCACCUAAGUCCGGUUCCUCUCAAAAAGGCGAAGCAGCCAAAGAGAGAGGGAGCGGUUAUGUCCUCCUUCCAGUGUCCACUGUCACCAGCAGGAGCAGCCCAGCCACACAGGACAGCUCCGUCUCCUCCACCACACCUUUUUCAGAGCCAAGUGGAUGCCAAUGCCAGCCUGUCACCUUGGGGAAUGCAAGUCCGUUACAGGGGCGUGCCCAGACCCCACCAAUCACAAUGAAGCCUUCAAGCCUGGGACAGCAGCAAAGUCCUUUACAAACCUGAUGCAGAAAAACCAAGCACAACCAGCAGAGUCUUCUCUGUGUCAGAGAAAAUGCAAAGAAGAGAGAAUGAUUGAGAUGAGUGUUGAGAUGUUUGAAGGUUUUGUCUAUUACAAUGAUCACAACAGUAUUUCUAAAGAAUCUUGGAGAAGUUUAAACUCAACAUGUAAGAUUUGAAUUUUGAUAUCGAUUGGCCUGCAAAUGAGAGUACUUAAAUUCAAGGUGAAGUGUGUAAUAUCUGUGCCAUUGCAGCAGUUGACUCUCCGCCAUCGGUCUGAAAAACAUAUAGUCCCGCCCCAAACUCAUGUCAUUGAUUGAGCCAGUUUUGCUGUGUCAGGCUGGUCUGGAUGCUCAAACGAACACCAAUGUUUAAAUAGCAUCACAGAGCCACAGUGUUCACACUUUUCAGGGGAAUUAGCCUACGAAUGGCUUAAUUAUAGUUGUCUCUGCUUAAGAAGCUGGGUUAGUAGAAAGUAUUUUAACACCCCAAAACAUUUCAAACUUCACCUUUAAGGAAAUAUGAUAUCAGUGAAUUUGGAGUGUCUGCAAGAGUGUGUAGAGAAGAGUCAUUGACUUUGCUUCGAUCCCAAAAUAAGGUCAAAUUAAGACAAGAAGGCAAUAAUUGUAAUGAUAGUCAACACAAACUGAUGGUAGGAUCUAUACUUUAUAUCAUUGAAGAGAUGGCAGAUAAAAAGGGCCUGUUGUCGCCAUGACUGUGUUGUCUCUAAUAUUGCUACUCAGAAUGUUGGGGAUUCAAUUAAGUUGUCAUUAAAACUUGCAAAGCUGGCAGUUUGACAACACAGUUUUGGCAUGAAAGGCCCUUUUUGUAGCUCUGAGGAAAAAAUGUAGCAACAACAUAAGUGACUUUUUAAUAUCUGAUCCCAUUUAUCAGUGGCUCGUAACAGAGGAUUACCAUUUUUUACUGCAUUUUAUAAAGGCAAUUGAUUUUUCUUACCCAAGUGGAAUUUUUUGUGCUUCAGUGGUGGGAUUUGAGAUGUAAAUGAAAUAACUUUAUUUAUUUGCUGUAGAAUCUGUGUGAAAACAACUUGAAGUAGAAGAAUUACCCACCAAAACUACAUAAGUAUGUUAGUGUGGCUGAAUUACAUAAUGAAUUGAUGGCCAGUGGUGGCAUAUUCCGUAAUUCUCAACCUGAUGCAAGGAAAGAAAAUGAUGUACUAGCUGGUUUGGGAGAGAAGAGAAAAUGUCUGAGUCUGCUUCAUUAAAGUGAUAUUCUUUACGUAUGUGUACGGUGUUGGUUGUCAACUGAAGAGACUACAUAGACUGCAAGCAGGCUGAAUGGAAAAACCUCGGCUUUCAUAAAUGCUGCUCCUUUGAAAUUUGGUGGAAAAAGGAGAUAAAUUGAAAGAGAUUGUUAACCAAAAAAUAAAAAAAUCUGUCAUUAUUUACUCGCUAUCAUAUUUCAUACUUUCUCUCUUCCAUGAAACACAAAAGGUGAAUUUUUACAAAGACUUCAAAGGGUUUAUUUGCCAUCAUUUAAUGAAUAGUGACUCCGGUCUGUCAAGCUUAAAAAUGUGGGGAAAAAACACACUGAAACCAUUGUAAAAGUAAUUGAUACAAUGUGCUAUAUUCCAAGUCUCCUGAAGUGAUAGAUACAAUGUUAGGGACUGGCAGUCUUAGUCACCAUUCAAAAUGAUUGUAUGGGAAAAAAAGAUGCAAUGAAAAUGAAUGGUGACUGAGGCUGAAAUUCUGUCUAACAUUUCCUUUUGUGAUCCUGUGGAAGAAAUAAAGUCAUACAGGUUUUUUGAACAACAUUUGGAUGAGUAAAUAAUGAAAGAAUUUUCAUUUUUGGGCGAGCUAUCGCUUCAAGUGCGUAGAUGGGCUUUGAUGCUAGACAUCCACUUGAACAAGGCUCCAAGUCCAAAAAAGGAGGAGAAUCACCGUGAUAAAACCGUUCUAAAAUGCCAAUCCGAGGAACUUUUAUUUAUUCUGUUGUUGUUGUUGUUGUUGUUGAUGUUGUUUUACAUUUAUUUAUGAUUAUUUGUAUAUGUAUUUAUUCAAAGGGCAGCUGAGUUCAUUGGAACUUGGUCUGCAAUGGACUUUUUUUGUCAUGGACUGGAGUUGCUGUGUUUGAGUUUCUUUUUUAUAUAUUUAUAUUAUGGAAUAAGUGGGGGAGAAUUUAAGGAAAUUUCAGAUUGGGAAACCUGUGCCUUUUUAACAAAAGGAUGUGUGUAAAAACGCAUACUUGUUGAUUGUGUAUUUUUAUCAAAUGGUACAGAAUGCAAAUGCUCAACUUUUUGUAAUGCAUACAUAUUAAUCAUGAGAAUACUGCAUUUGAAUACACAGUAACCAGUGACCAAUAACAACACAGUGAACCACAGUAGUGUAGCCAAUCAUAAGUCAAUUGGUAGUCAUAGCAACAUUCAAAAUGAUUAUGUAUUUUCUGGCUAAUCUCUGCAGGCAGUUGUGAUGCACCCAGGAACCACUAAAGUUGGUGGUUGGUUAAAAAUAUUUUUUUGAAUCAGUAUUUAUUCAAAGCUUUAAAGGAUAGUUCACCCACAAAUGAAAAUUCUCUCAUCAAUUACUCACCCUCAUGCCAUCCCAGAUAUGGGAUGACCUACAGGGCUGAGAUAUUCUUCUAAAAAUGUAUUUUUGUGUUCUGUAGAAGAAAGAAAGUCAUACACACCUGGGAUGGCAUGAGGGUGAGUAAAUGAUGAAAGAAUUUUCAUUUUUGGGUAAGCUAUGCCUUUAAAGAAAUAUGAUGAUGAAAAACUUAUGCAACAAUGGAUUUUUUUAUAUUUAAAAACUUGUAAAAUGUAAUGAGAGACAAAAAAUGCAUCAACUUCACAUGCUGAUAGAUUGCUGAUUUUUAAAGAGAUUGUAAUUGCCUAGAGUCCAGUUACUUGCCCCAAGCAAUAGAAGAUCUUGCCAUGCUGAAAAGCAGAGCUAAACAUUUUGAUGUGGUCUUGCAUCAUGUGUUAUUAUGUCUUUAUUAUGUGUUAUUGACUUUUUUACGCUAUGAUUUGUAGAAAUCAGUUGCACUUAUUUUUGUUUUAAAAUGUCAUGUUUUAUACUUUAUAUAGUUGUCAAGAGGGAUGAUCAUAAAGGAUGUAUCUUGGUUGUCAAACUGUCUUUUUAUAUUCUGUAACUGUAGUCUCACUCUCCCCACUGUAAAAAUAUCUCUCCUCUUUCUACUCUUUAUCCUUCUUUCCAGUCACUUUGUCUGUCGCCUGUAUUUCCCUUCUUUACCCUUUCUUUACCUCCCUUUUUUCUUUGCAAUUUUACUGUUCUUCAUGCUUUUUCAACAAAGACACACCUUUUAAUAAACAAUACAUUUUGGAGGAAGCAUUAGACUGUGUUUUUAGUGGGGUGUAUGUGUCGUCUUGCCAUUCUUUUUUCAAUGAGGAACAUUUACUUGGUCAGUGUGUAAGGUCUGGUUAUGCUUGUGUAUCUGAGACAAGGUCUAUACUUAGGCAGAGCUCUAUACUGAAGCAGCGCUCUAGUUAGGCAGCACUCUGUGCUGAGGCAGUGCUCUAGUGAGGUAGCACUUUGUACUGAGGCAGUGCUCUAGUUAGGCAGCGAUUCAUGCUGAGGCAGUGCUCUAGUGAGGUAGCGCUCUAUACUGAGGCAGUGCUCUAGUUAGGCAGCGAUUUAUGCUGAGGCAGUGCUCUAGUGAGGUAGCGCUCUAUACUGAGGCAGUGCUCUAGUUAGGCAGUGAUUUAUGCUGAGGCAGUGCUCUAGUGAAUCAGAGCUUUAUACUAAGUCAUCACUAUUGUGAGACAAUGCUCUAUUGAGGCAGACUCUCUAUGUAGAGACAUCCCUGUACUGAUGCAUAGCUCUAUACUGAGGUAGCGCUUUAUACUGAGGUCACGCUCUAUACUGUUGCAGCACUCUAUUGAGUCAGAGCUGUAUACUGAGGCAGCGCUCUAUUGAGGCAGACCUCUAUGCAGAGACAUCCCUCUACUGAGGCUUAGCUCUAUACUGAGGUAGCGCUCUAGUGAGGCAGCACAAUAUACUAGGUCAGUAAGCUCUCUAGUGAGACAGAGAUCUAGAUUGAGGCAGCUCUCUAGUGAGCCAGAUCUCUACAGUAUACUGAGGCAGCGCUCUAUACUGAGGCAGCAUUCUAGGUUGGCAGAUCUCUAUAGUGAGUCAUCACUCUAGUGAGGCAGAGCUCUAUAUUGAAACAGCACUCUAGUGAGGCAGAACUCUAUACUGAGGCAUCAUUCUAGUGAGGCAGCGCUCUAUACUGUUGCAGUGCUCUAGUGAGUCAGAGCUCUAUGCUGAGGCAGUGCUCUAAUGAGUCAGAGCUUUAUAUCGAGUCAUCACUAUAGUGAGGCAACGCUCUAUUGAGGCAGAUCGCUAUGCAGAGACAUUCCUCUACUGAGACAUAGCUCUACACUUAUGUAGCCAAGUGGAGAAAUUUCAUGUAAUUUAAGUCAUAUAUUGGACGUGGCCACUUUAAGACCGGAGUUUUGUGACACCCGCUUUCCAGCACACUCUAGUGUUGGAGAUGAAUGAAUUUGCAUUGUAAAUAAGAACUCCCAGCUUUGCUCAUCGGUUGAUUAUUCUUUGGGUAAAUAUCAAAUUUUACACAAAAUGCUUAUAAAUUGCAUUAAAUAUGUGUUCAGAAGAGUUGUAUGUAAAAAUUGAGUGUUUGUUAUGGAUCAUUUUUGAAGGAUGCAUAUGGACUGCAUGAGUGGAGUUUGACCAUAUUUUGGUGUACAUGCAAGAACUGGGUAUGUAAAUUUAGUAUUAAUCAUACCUUAUUUAAUUAAUUAUAGCCCAGAGUGUUUUACAAAUAAGUGUAAUACAUGUUAUAUGUGAAAACGUGUAAUGAGAACAUGUGUAAUGAGAAUUCUAUUGUUUUAACUGCAAUGCAUGUCCUGAAAGCCUGGUUAAAAAAUAAGUAAAAUGCUGUGAGUGUUUAAGCAUGUGUUAAAUGCAUAAGAUGCUUUGAGUGGUUUGAGAAAGUACUUAAAUGCAUAAAAUGCUGUGAAUGAUAUUAGCAUGUAUUAAGUAUGUGUUGAAGCAUGUGGGUAAGCUAAUGCCCUGUUUGCGUUUUUUUUUUACAUAAGCUUCUACCGUAUUUAAUUUAACCAUAUUUCAUUACCGUAUUUCAUUACUAUAUAUUUUUUUGUAUUUCAAUUCCUUUUUUUGUAUAAGGCCCCAUCGACAGCUUUUUUUUUUUUUUUUUUUUGUAUAACAGACAGCCAUCAGAAUA